CCAGGUUGCCAUUCAGGGUCUGCAACCUGCCUGCUAAUUAUUCAUCGUGGGCAUCUGAAUGCUGGAUGGACGGGGAUGGAGUUUGAGAGAAUGGGCUUUUGCGCAAUCUCCAUGCCGAGUCCCAGGUCUAUAACAUGGCACGAUUGUCCCGUCUUCUCGUCCCGUUUCCAUCCCUCUCAUCAGUACCAUCAGCAUCAUCAACAUAAGACAACAAGCAACAACAACCACCAACAACAACACACUUACUUAAGUGCCCAAACCACUUAUACAAAAUCAACACUCCAACAUCUACAAACACAUCAUCACCAUCAUCAUCCAACACCACUCUCAUAUCCCCACUCCCAAUAUUACUCCACUACACCACCCAUCUAGCACAGCCUCAUCAACAACAACGACAGCAAUGUCCAAGGCCAUUCUCAUCGUCGGUGCCACUGGCAAGCAGGGCGGCGCCACCCUCCACGCCCUUGCCGCCUCGGCGGACCCCUCCACCCAACUCCUGGCCGUGACCCGCGAUGCCAGCUCCGCAUCUGCCCAGAAGCUCGUAGCCCGAUAUCCCAAGCAAGUCGUCCUGGUCCAGGGCAACCUCGACGACACCGAGGCCCUGUUCGCCGCGGCCAAGAAGGCCACCUCGGCGCCCAUCUGGGGCGUCUUCAGCGUGCAGCUUCCCACCUUCAACAAGGCCGGCGCCGAGACGGAGGAGCGCCAGGGCAAGUCCCUUGUCGACUCGUCCCUCCGGCACGGCGUGAGCCACUUUGUCUACUCGUCCGUCGACCGCCACGGCCCGGAGCUGUCCCCCAAGAACCCGACCUCGGUGCCGCACUUUGUCACCAAGCACAACAUUGAGCAGCACCUGAUUGCAGCCACCUCGACCUCGACCACCACCAACGACAACAACAACAAGAUGACCUGGACCAUCCUCCGCCCCGUGGCCUUCUACGAGAACCUCGGCGGCUUCCAGGGCAAGGUCUUUGCCACGGCGUGGCGGGACGUCGUCCGCUCGCGGCCGUUGCAGAUCAUCAGCACCGAGGACAUUGGCAAGGUCGCCGCCAAGGCGCUCCUCCCGCAGAACCAGGCCCGGCUCGCCGGGCGCGCCAUCUCCCUCGUGGGCGACGAGCUGACGUUUGCCCAGUUCAACAAGACGUUUGUCGACAAGACGGGCCACCCGGCGCCGACGACUUUCGGCUUCCUCGCGCGCUUCGUCCUGUGGAUGGUGUCGGAGCUGGGCGUCAUGUACUCGUGGUUCGACCGCGAGGGGUACGGCGCCAGCGUGCGCGAGACGCGCGAGGUCCUGCCCGAGACCAAGGACUUUGCGACCUGGCUGGAGGACCAGAAGGCGAGGAAGCUGCUGUAGAGGGGAAGCAAGCAGUUCCGCUUUGUCUUGGGGGAGGGAAAAAGUUGCGAUGAUUUCUGUGCUUUUUUUCUCUUUUGUGGCAGCGUGUCUGUCUUGUGUUUGAAAUUUGUUGCUGCUUCCACAUACACACACACACACACACACACAUCAUAUAGACUAAUACUUAUAGAGCCUGUCGUUUAUCCUGUUGUAAUCAAG